AUGCUGUUACAUCGGAGUUUUGCUACUGCUGGAAAUGAUGUACCUAAGGCCAUCGACGGUGUACGUAUCAACCGCUAUAGCGCUACAGUGACCCAGCCCAAGGCACGAGGUGCUUCGCAAGCAAUGCUGUACGCUACCGGUAUGACCGAGGAAGACAUGGAAAAGCCUCAAGUAGGUAUUGCUUCCAUGUGGUGGGAGGGAAAUCCAUGUAAUAUGCAUUUACUGGAUCUAGCUGGUGAAGUAAAGAAGGGAGUGAAUGCUGCAGGCCUUGUGGGUCUUCGCUUUAAUACUAUUGGUGUGAGCGAUGGUAUUAGUAUGGGUACGGACGGUAUGAGUUACAGUUUGCAGUCUCGUGACUUGAUUGCUGAUUCGAUUGAAACGGUGAUGGGUGGUCAAUGGUACGAUGGCAAUAUUUGUAUCCCUGGUUGCGACAAGAACAUGCCCGGGUGUGUAAUUGCCAUGGCUCGUGUGAACCGCCCAUCGCUGAUGGUGUACGGUGGUACUAUUCGUGCUGGCUGCAGCUCGAAAGGAGAGGCUCUGGACAUUGUGUCGGCUUUCCAGGCAUACGGUGAGUAUAUCGCUGGACGAAUCACGGAGGAGGAACGCCACGACAUCAUCCGCCACGCCUGUCCUGGUGCUGGAGCUUGUGGUGGCAUGUACACAGCUAAUACUAUGGCUACGGCCAUUGAGACGCUGGGUUUGAGUCUGCCAUUUUCGUCCAGCUUCCCUGCUGAUUCGGUUGAGAAGCAAAAUGAGUGCCUUAGCGCUGGUAAGGCGAUGAAAUUGCUGCUUGAGAAGAAUAUCAAGCCGCUUGAUAUUUUGAGUCGUGAGGCAUUUGAAAAUGCGAUUACAAUAACGAUGGCCCUGGGUGGAUCCACUAAUGCCGUACUACACUUGAUCGCAAUUGCGCGUGCUGCGAACCUUCCUCUUGAUAUAAACGACUUUGAAAAGAUUAGUGAGCGUGUGCCAUUUUUGGCUGAUCUUAAGCCCAGCGGUAAGUUUGUGAUGGAGGACAUUCACCGCGUUGGUGGCACCCCCGCAGUUCUUAAGUAUUUGAUGAACCAAGGCUUCAUUAAUGGCAACUGUCUCACUGUAACGGGCAAGACGCUGGGCGAGAAUCUUGCAGAUGUGCCUGAUCUAUCGGACAACCAUGAGAUUAUCCACCCGGUGGACCGCCCCUUGAAGUCUAGUGGCCACCUGCGUAUUUUGCGCGGUGACCUGGCACCGGAGGGUUCGGUGGCUAAGAUUACCGGCAAGGAGGGCCUUGUUUUUACAGGCACAGCGAAGGUGUAUGACUGCGAAGAGGACAUGAUGGUUGGCUUGGAGAAUAAAGAGAUCACGAAAGGCAGCGUCGUUAUCAUUCGAUACGAAGGUCCGAAGGGAGGACCUGGCAUGCCUGAGAUGCUUGCGCCUACUUCUGCGAUCAUGGGUGCUGGUCUGGGCAAGGAUGUUGCCAUGCUUACGGACGGCCGCUUCUCAGGCGGCUCACACGGUUUUAUCAUUGGCCACAUUACCCCUGAGGCCCAGGUUGGUGGCCCGAUUGCGCUCGUGAAGAACGGCGACAAGAUCAUGGUCGACGCUGAGAAGAACCGCAUCGAUUUCAUCGACGUGUCUUCGGACGAGCUGGCGCAGCGCAAGAAGGAGUGGGUUGCUCCUCUGCUCAAGGCCACUCGUGGCACGCUAUACAAAUUCAUUAAGAACGUAAAGUCUGCCUCGGAAGGCUGCGUCACUGACGAGUAA